AAUAAUACAAUAGCAUCGAUUCUCAUAUCUUCUCUCUCUCUCUCUCUCUCUCUCUCUCACACACACAAAAAAUACAGAGAUGCUUCUGAGUCAACUGCAAAGCUCGCAGGCAUGGAUUUUACCUCCUCGAGUUCCCAGACUCGGCCGAGUUUCCACUUCCAAUUCCAAGAGGAUAUCAAUGACAGGCCAGUUCUGGUGGAUAAAAUAUUCAGCUAUACAUGCACGGAGUUCCAUAUUACAGAAUGGAAGGAAAUGGGAGGCCAGUUUUCAACGAACUGAAGAUAGGUUAGACUCAACUAUGUACAUAAAUGUUUCAGAUGAUUUCAAUGACAAAUUCUUUAGGAUGGACAGGAAUGAUGGUUCUUUGGAUUAUCAGACUAAGAUAUUGAUGGGAUCGAUGUCAUUGUAUUUCCUACUCAGACUGAAGCAGCUAAAUUUUGUUAACUCAUUGACAAAGAUGGUCCAAAAAAUGCUUCCCAGUAUGGUUCAGACUUUUGGGGCAACAAGCUUGCCUUUUGCUUGUAUAUCUAAUUCCCUGAAUAAACCUAGGCCUCUUCAAUUGGAUGUGUCCUUGCCUUCAUUUCAAGAUAUUAGAUGGAGCUUUGCACGGUGGUUGUACUUAUUUAACAUCCAACUUGAGAAAAAUGUUGCCAUGUUUUUUGUGGUGCUCCUUGUAGCGUGCUUCUCGUUUGUUGUUAUUGGUGGUUUCAUGUUCUUCAAGUUCAGGGGUAGUGGACAAUCUCUGGAGGACUGCUGCUGGGAGGCUUGGGCAUGUCUGUGUUCUUCGUCUACGCAUUUAAAACAAAGAACACGCAUUGAACGUGUUAUAGGCUUUGUUCUUGCUAUAUGGGGCAUAUUGUUUUACUCUCGCCUGCUGAGCACAAUGACUGAACAAGUCAGAAACAAUAUGCAAAAAAUCAGAGAAGGAGCCCAAAUUCAUGUUCUGGAGAGUGAUCAUAUCAUUAUAUGUGGAGUUAACAGUCAUCUGCCUUUCAUACUAAAGCAGCUAAAUAAGUAUCAUGAAUAUUCUGUUCGUUUAGGUACUGCUACAGUUAGGAGGCAGAGAAUUCUUCUUCUGUCCGAUCUUCCAAGGAAGCAGAUGGACAAGAUAGCAGACAAUAUGGCCAGAGAUCUCCAUCAUAUUGAUGUCCUUACAAAGAGUUGCAGCCUUAGUUUGACAAUAUCCUUUGAAAACGCUGCGGCAAACAAAGCACGUGCAAUAAUUAUACUUCCAACAAAGGGAGAUAAGUAUGAAGUUGAUACUGAUGCAUUUUUAUCUGUAUUAGCGCUACAACCAAUUCCGAAGAUGGAAUCUGUCCCCACCAUUGUUGAGGUUUCAAAUCCCAAUACAUGUGAACUCUUGAAAUCAAUCUCAGGACUGAAAGUAGAACCAGUAGAAGAUGUUGCAUCCAAAUUAUUUGUUCAAUGCUCUCGGCAGACUGGGCUCAUAAAGAUCUACAGGCACUUGCUUAAUUAUGGAAAAAAUGUAUUUAAUCUUUGUAGCUUUCCCAAUCUAGCUGGAAUGACCUAUAGAGAGAUAAGGCGAGGGUUUCAAGAGGCAGUUGUUUGUGGUCUUUACCGGAGUGGGAAGAUAUACUUCCAUCCAAACGACAAUGAAAUUCUGCAGCAAACUGACAAAAUACUGUUCAUUUCCCCUGUUCAAGGAACAAAGAGAGGACAAGUUGAAUAUUUAAAUGUUCCCAAAGAAGGGAGUAGUUCCACUCAAAAUCAGCAAGUUCUAAAAAUGAACGGCGAUUUGGCAUACCAUUCCUCUGAAUUGAAAAAAACACGACUUGAAAAUAUUGUAAAACGUCCCAACAAAUCAGGUUCCAAGGCAUCAGACUGGAACACUGGGCCAAAAGAAUACAUACUUUUGCUGGGGUGGCGCCCAGAUGUUGUGGAAAUGAUAGAAGAAUAUGACAAUUAUCUUGGACCUGGCAGUGUAUUGGAGAUAUUAUCAGAUGUACCUUUAGAUGACAGGAAUAGGGCAAGAAUCAUUGCUGGUCAAGGCAAACUAAAAAAUGUCCGAGUUUCUCACAGGAUUGGAAACCCUAUGAACUAUGACACCUUGAAGGAAACCAUAGUGAAUAUUCAAAAUUCAUUCAACAUUGGUGAAGAUAUUCCCUUGUCAAUUGCUGUCAUAUGUGAUAGAGAGUGGCUUAUUGGAGAUCCAUCCAGGGCAGACAAGCAUUCCGCAUAUUCUCUUCUCCUUGCUGAAAAUAUCAUCAACAAACUUGGAGUGAAGGUACAAAAUCUGGUUGCAGAGAUUAUUGACUCGAAAUUGGGCAAACAAAUUACAAGAAUCAAGCCAUCCUUGACUUACAUUGCAGCAGAGGAAGUAAUGAGCCUUGUAACAGCCCAAGUGGCAGAGAAUAGUGAACUGAAUGAGGUGUGGAAAGACAUCCUUAAUGCAGAGGGUGAUGAAAUAUAUGUGAAGGAUAUUAACCUUUACAUGAAAGAAGGAGAGGAUCCAUCAUUCUCUGAGCUCACUGAAAGAGCAUAUUUACGGCGAGAAGUUGCCAUAGGUUAUGUGAAAAACAACAAGAAGGUUAUUAACCCAAUUCCCAAGUCAGAACCCCUCUCCCUUCAAUUGACAGACUCAUUAAUAGUUAUAUCUGAGCUUGAGGGAGAACAACCCAUCAUUAUGUAAGAUGUACAGUUCAGUUGUUGCAGGCAAAUAUUGUUUCUAUCUUGUAUAAACUUGAGCUGAAACUAUCACAUGAAUUUUCUGCUUAGAAGAUUGAACCCCAAAAAAUUUAAGGCAAUUUUUUUGUAAGUUAGUCCAAGGGGAGGGGAAGGGAGAUUCGAAUUAGUGGCCUCCGUUUCAUGAAGAAUAGUCCCUAACUGACCGUGCUACCUUUAUAGUGCAAUAGAAAUUUUGACUGCAAACAAGUAUUCUAUAAACUUUUAUCAUUGGAGUGCAUACCAUAUUUAACCAGCAAAUUUAUGAGGAA